ACUUGGGGUGGUGGAGUGAGUGAAGUCAAGGCGGCUCAUAUGAUCUCAAGAACUCAAACCACACCCCAAUCUCAGACUAUAAGAAACCCUCUGCCACAUUGCUCUCAAGAUGAACAAAAUGGAGUCCCAUCGAUGCUCCUCCCUCUUCCUUCUCCUCUUUCUUUCCAUACUCUUUGUCGGGGCUUUCGCAUCAGGGCAUAUCUUUGAAUCUACAAUUCUUCAGGUCCAAAAAGCUUGUCCAGUGAAUUUUGAAGUUGCGAACUACACCAUCAUCACAGGCAAGUGCAAGGGGCCUAAAUACACAGCCAAUAUUUGCUGCUCAGCUCUUGCAGAAUUUGCGUGCCCCUAUGCCAAAUAUCUGAAUGAUUUAACCAAUAAUUGUGCUUCAACUAUGUUCACUUAUAUUAAUCUGUAUGGAAAAUAUCCUCCUGGCCCUAAAGCUAAUUGAGCUUCUCCCCAAAGAAGUUGUGUAUCAAUUCUCGUGAAGAAGAAUAAGCGUUGAUGUACAAUCGGGUCGUGUUAUGAGUAGUAUGGAACAGGCUGUUCGUGUUCGUUGUGUGAACAAGAUGGCUUUCGGGCUAAAUAUUGCUAGUGUUCGUGCUUAUGUGUUGUGUAUUGUGGAAUCGUUGGUAUAAGCUUUGAAGGCAAGAAUAAGUUAGACUGCAAUUUCAGUAACAUUUUUAUACUAAACUGGAAAACAAAGAACACAAAAAGAGAUGGCCAUUGUUCUAAAACACAGAACAAUGCUUGGAGGAAUUAAAGAAGCAAAAGCUCAGAUUUCCUGAGUAAUUACUUAAUAUGCAUAAAACAAACCUACAUUUUCAAC